AUGAUCGGCUCUCUGGCAUCUCCUUACCCGCUCAAGAGCAUCACUGACGCCGAGCUACAACAGCUCACUCAAACACUCUGGAACUGGAAGAUUUGCGAAGCGUGUCAGAAUACCGAAACGUGUACAAACUCGAGAUGCUCAUGGAGGCGAUCGGCUCGGUUAGAACGUUUCUUCGACUUUUACAAAUAUGUUACGUCGUCCUAUGUCCCAGACCUGCUUCCUGCCAGCACCCCAGCGUUGCGCAACCAUGAGGACGUUUUCGGGAUCAUCAGGCUGCUUCAAGCCUAUCCUGAUACGAAGCGCUCAGAAUUGACGCAUGAAUAUUUCUCCAAGAGGGAUAGACCACCUCCGUCCAGUGAUCAGCAUUGGGCAUUUAAUCUUGCCGUACAAGUUAUGUCGAUGGUCAAAUGUUCAGCCGAAAACCAACCCUCUGGCCUGCUAGAACUCGGAACCCAGCCAAUCCAGUGGCUUUACGAUGAGUCACUGGCUGAAUUCAUAUCAAGAGCGUUUCCGCAAAAGGAUACAGGCAAUCUCCAUAUAUACGAUGGCUCGGGCGAGAUCAGAGAUAUAAAAUCGGCCUUGUCAGCGAAACGUCUAAGGAAAAUUGCAGGGCUGAGGUUCCAAGGGACUGAUGAUCUACGAAACCAUCUGAAAAUGGACGUCAAAAAGGGAAUUGUGGAAAUUUACCACCACACAAGCGUCCUCAGGGAGCACUUGAUGGCAUCGCAAGAGUUGCACAACCCCCUAGUCUUUGAGGACUCUAUUUCAGCAGGAAAUAUUCCCAGGCAGAUUGCCCUCGAUGCUCUAGAUUCAAUGCAAAAGAUCCUCUUUCCUUUUGACUCAGACUCGGAGCAGAUUCUCCGCAAACUAGUGUCCAAGGAAUCCUUCGACCCAGAUUGCCUGCGGUACGACUCGGCCAUCUAUCGAAAGGAAGGUGAAGACACAUCGUACAACUAUUUCGGCGGGCGACUUGUAGACUUGUUCAAGGAGCUGGAGGAUCCCAGCCCGCGCGGUAUCCUGGAGAAAUGGUUCCAGCGCAAAAGCUCUGCCCGCUAUAUGAUGAUGGCUACGCUCGUUGGCGUUAUUAUAGCAAUUGUCAUAGGAAUUCUCGGGCUGGUUGUUGGGGUAUUCCAGGCUUGGGUGGCGUACGAAGCUUGGAAGCAUCCUGUUAGUUUUGGGAACUGA